AUGCGAGCAUCACAGAGCCGACAGAAGUCAUAUGCUGAUCAGAGGCAGAAACCUUUGGAGUUUGUAGUUGGGGAUCACGUGUUCCUCCGAGUGACUCUUACCACUGGCGUGGGAAGAGCUAUUCGAGCUAGGAAGUUGUCCCUUAGAUACCUUGGUCCCUAUCAGAUCUUGAGACGCAUAAGGCCAAUUGCUUAUAAGAUAACCAUGCUUCCUAAAUUGGCUAAUCUUCACCCUAUGUUUCACGUCUCUCAGCUUAGGAAGUACGUGCCCGAUCCAUCUCAUGUUCUAGAAGCUGAAGAUGUCCAAAUUAGAGGAGACUUGUCUGUGGAGGUGCAACCAGUUAGAGUUGAAGAUAGUCAAACCAAACAGCCACAAGGAGAGACUGUCAGACUCGUUAAAGUCAUCUAG